GAGGGCAUCAGUGUGGGACAGACCACCUUCCUCUCAGCAUCUCAUCCUCCUCCUGGUCCUCCUCCUCUUCCUCCUCCUCCUCCUCCUCUUCCCGAGUUCUCCCUCAUCAUUCCUCCUCUUCUUAGAUCUACCUCUUGCUGUUCCUAUUCAUAUUUGUCUCAGUUUUCGCUUUCCUCCUCGUCCUCUUCCUCUUCCUUUUCCUCCUACUCCUCCUCUUCCUCCUAAACUUAUAUAUUAGCGAUUUAUCGCGUUUAAUUUUUUGUGUGUUCUGGUUCCUUGUGCCGCGCCGCCUCCCGGAGUCAGGAUGUCGGCGAUCAAGGCGCGGGAGUUCGACGACAUCCUGGAGGCCGUGGGUUCCUUCGGGCGCUACCAGAAGCUUCGGAUCGCCUUCUUUUUCAUCCCUGCUGCCGUUUUCUUCGGGUUCUCGUCCGUGUCCUACGUGUUCGAGAUGGUGGUCCCGCCCCACUGGUGCCACGUGCCUGGUCGGGAAAACACGACGCUCACGCCGGACGAGUGGAAGAGCCUCACCAUACCGCCAAUAGAGGGAUCGUCCGACAAAUACGCGAGCUGCCUGAUGUACGACGGCUUCUGGGAGGUUGAGAACGAUAGCUACAUCUACACCAUCACUAAUACUACUUCGGAGUGCGUCCACGGCUGGGAGUACGACAGGAGCCAGUUCUCGGAGACGUUUCCUUCAGAGGUGGACUGGGUGUGUACCUACAAGGACUACGCCCCCCACACCCUCUCCAUCAAUGUCGUGGGCCGCGCGUUGGGCACCCUCCUCCUGCCUCUGUUAGCGGAUAACUACAUCGGGCGGCGGCGCAUGUUCUUCCUGGCGGUGGGGACGUACGUGGUCUUCACUAUUCCGCUGCACUGGAUAUACUCCGCCCCGCUCACCUUCUUAUUCCGCUUCCUCAACGGGAUCGGCUACGAGACCAACUACUUGAUGCCCUACGUCAUUAUGAUGGAGAUUAUCCCGCCCUCCCGCCGUGACCUCGUGGUGAUGAUGACCUUCGUGUCCUGGACCGUGGGCAUCUGCAUCACCUCCGUCGUGGCCUGGCUGGUGGGCAACUGGAGGCCGCUUAACAUCCUCACCAUCGUCCCCUUCGUCUGCCUCUUCGCUUAUUGGAGGGUGCUGCCUGAGUCCCCACGGUGGUUGCUUUCGAAGGGGAGACUGAGAGAGUGUGCCGACAUCUUAUUACAGAUCGGCGCUUCCAACGGGGCUUCCAAAGUGUCGCGGGAAGAGGUGGAGGAGGAGUUACGGGCCCUUACCAUUCGCCUCCCCCCCAAUGAGCCUCUUACUCGGGCCUUCGUGCACCCCAAGUUGAGGCUCCGGGCUAUCAUGCUUUACGUCUUGUCGUGCACCCAGUUCAUAGUCUACGGGGUGAUUCUGAUGUCGAUGUCCGUGAUGCCUGGGAACUACUUCGUCAGCCACCUGGUCCUCUCCGUUUUCGAAAUCCCAAGCGCCUUCGUGGGGUUGGCUGUCACUCAUUACUUCGGCAGGCGGUUCCUCGGCUACUCCUCCCUCCUGCUGGGUGCUCUGUGCUUCGUCGCCGCUCCCUUCUGCGUGCACAACAAAUGGCUCCUCCUGGGUGUCCUCGCCGUGGCUAAGCUGUCCUGCACUUGCACACUCUACCUGGUCUUCCUGCUGCCUGCCGAGAUCCUGCCCACCCCAGUUCGAACCUCCGGGGCGGGGCUCGUGGUUGUGUCUGGGAUGUUGGGCAUGACGCUCUCCCCUCAGCUGCUCCAUUCUGGUAUGGGUGAGGGCAUGCACUACUGGGUCCUCCUGGCCAUCACCGGAGUGGGCAUGAUCAGCUUGUUCCCCAUUCCCGAGACGCUUGGCCUGAUCAUGCCCCAGACCUUCAAGGAGAGCGAGGAGCUGGGCACGGGUCGCCCCCUCACCACCUGGAUUCACCACUGGAACCUCCACAAGUACCCCGGGACGCCCCAGCACGAGGACGAGGACGAUGGCAAGGACGAGGAAAGGCAUCUCGUCAACGGCAAAGAGUGCUAGGGUACCCAUUAACCGACCAGCCCGAAAGGGAGGAUGAACUGCUGCACGGCAGUGAACUGCUGGGUGGGCUGCGCGCCGACUGCCCAGGACGGAAUUCGAAUCCUUACCAGCGGAUUUGUAGCAGCACGACAGCGCCAUGAAUAAGUGAAUUAGAGAAAACACAAGAAGGCGUAAAGUAUAUCAAAGUAAAAAAUAAAAAGGAAAAAAAUAGUUAAAUACACUGAGAGAGAGAGAGAGAGAGAGAGAGAGAGAGAGAGAGAGAGAGAGAGAGAGAGAGAGAGAGAGAGAGAGAGAGAGAGAGAGAGAGAGAGAGAGAGAGAGAGAGAGAGAGAUUUACAUAGAUAGAUUUACAUAGAAAAUCAGAUCACACAGACCCCAUGGUCCAGACUAGGUGGUCUGUCCUUAAACCUAAGUGAUUUUACAUUAAUCAGAAGGCUCCAAAACGUUGCAUUUCUACUCUAGUUGAUAUUAAGUUGAAGGAAGUGACGGUCGAGCUUUUUUUUGAAGGAUUCAAACCACCACUGAUGGUGGGAGCUUAUGAGAGAGAGAGAGAGAGAGAGAGAGAGAGAGAGAGAGAGAGAGAGAGAGAGAGAGAGAGAGAGAGAGAGAGAGAGAGAGAGAGAGAGAGAGAGAGAGAGAGACUUCAUUGUGGUGGUGUUAUUGGUAUUAGUUUUAGUAAUUACUAUUGUAAUUUUCAUUAUUAUUAUUUUUAUUAUAUUUAUUAUUAUUAUUAUUAUUAUUAUUAUUAUUAUUAUUAUUAUUAUUAUUAUUAUUAUUAUUAUUAUUAUUAUUAUUAUUAUUAUUAUUAUUAUUAUUAUUAUUAUUAUUAUUAUUAUUAUUAUUAUUAUUAUUAUUAUUAUUAUUAUUAUUAUUAUUAUUAUUAUUAUUAUUAUUAUUAUUAUUAUUAUUAUUAUUAUUAUUAUUAUUAUUAUUAUUAUUAUUAUUAUUAUUAGACUAUUAUUAUUAUUAUUAUUUUCAUUGCUAUCAUUAUUAUUAUUAUAAUUUUAAUUACCAUCAGUAGUCGCAGUAACAGUAAUAGUAGUAAUAGUAGUAGUAGUAGUAGUAGUAGUAGUAGUAAGAACAUAAGAACGUAAGGAGUCUGCAAGAGGCCGGUUGGCCUAUACAAGGCAGCUCCUGUACACUCAACCCCACCUUACCUCACCAUCCAUGGCUUUAUCUAACUUCUUCUUGAAUGUAUCUACGGUAGUGGCACCCACAACAUGGCUCCCAAGUCUGUUCCAUUCGUCCACCACUCUAUUGGUGAACCAAUUCUUGCCAAUGUCUUUGUUGAAUCUGAAUUUGUCUAACUUAAAACCAUUGGUACGCGUCCUACCUGGCUCUUUUACUAUAAAAAUCUUAUUGACAUCCCCUUUAUUAAAGCCCUUCAUCCAUUUAUAGACUUCGAUCAAGUCUCCUCGCAACCUUCACCUUUCUAGAGAGCGUAGAUUUAACUGCUUCAGCCUGUCUUCAUAAGGCAAGUUUCUCACCCCCUGAAUUAUCUUUGUCAUCCUCCUCUGUACAGAUUCUAACAUCUUGAUAUCCAUUCUAUAGUAGGGGGACCAGAACUGAACUGCAUAAUCGAGAUGAGGUCUAACUAGUGCUCAGUAAAGUUUGAGGAUGACUUCAGCGCUCUUAUUGCUUACGCUCCUUGAGAUGAAACCAAGUGCUCUGUUUGCCCGAUUUUUAGCCUGAAUGCAUUGAGCCCUAGGACGGAGGUCAGCCCUCACUAGGACUCCCAAGUCUCUCUCACGCCCAGACCUACUUAGAGGAGUGCCAUUUAAGGAGUAAUUGUGUGAGGGGUUAUUCCUACCUACACUCAGAAUGCUACACUUCCCGACAUUGAAUUCCAUCUGCCAUUUCCCCGCCCAAUCAUAUAGUCCGUCAAGCUCAUCCUGGAGAACGCUAGCGUCCCUGUCUGAUUGGAUUACUCUACCGAUCUUGGUAUCAUCUGCGAACUUACUGACAUCACUACUAAUUCCUGUGUCCAAGUCACUGAUGUAAAUAACAAAAAGCAGAGGACCCAGCACCGACCCUUGUGGGACUCCACUUGUAACACUGCCCCAUUCAGAUUUUUUACCAUUGAUUUGCACUCUGCUUCCUACCACUAAGCCACGCCCUGAUCCAGUUCAAAACUUUCCCAUCUAUGCCGUGAGCCUGUAAUUUUAGUAAUAGCCGGUGAUGGGGAACUUUGUCGAACGCUCUACUGAAAUGUAAAUACAACAUGUCAUAGUUUUCAUCUCGGUCAACCGAGUAGCAGCAGCAGUAGUAGUAGUAGUAAUAAUAGUAGUAGUAGUAGUAGUAGUAGUAGUAGUAGUAGUAGUGGUUGUCGUUGGUGUCAUUGUUAUUUCUGCGACUUAGAAUAAAAUAAUAUACGUAUAUAUACCGA